AUGGUUUAUAAACUCAUCUCUAAGAUUAUCACUGCUAGACUUGCUGCUGUCAUUGGUGAGGUCAUUGAUGAUGCUCAAGCAGGUUUUAUUCAAGGCAACCACAUUGGAGAUAAUAUCCUUCUUGCAACUGAGUUGAUCAAGGGAUAUGAUCACAAAAUUAGCUCUCCUAGAUGCAUGGUUAAGGUGUACUUGAAAAAGCCUAUGACGCAGUUGAAUGGGGCUAAAAAAGGUCUGAGACAAGGUGAUCUUAUGUCUCCUUUCCUUUUUGCUAUUGGCAUGGAAUACCUAUCCAGAUGCCUUUACGAGCUUAGGUUAACUCCUGAUUUCAAUUUCCAUCCUAUAUGUGAAAAGUUAAGCCUAACUCAUAUGAUGUUUGCUGAUGACUUGUUGAUGUUCUCUAGAGCUUAUGGUUCUAUUCCUUUUAGAUAUCUUGGGGUCCCCCUCUCUUCUAAGAAGCUUACAGUUGCUCAGUGCAGCCCUCUAGUGGAGAAAGUGACUGCUCAAAUCUUCAUCUUAACAAAGAAAAUUCUGAAAGAGAUUGAAGCUAGAUUCAGAUGCUUUCUUUGGACUGGCUCCUCUGCUCCUGCUAGGAAAUCUUUGGUUGCUUGGAAGUAUGUUUGUCUUCCUAAAGUCUAUGGUGGCUGGAAUCUGCUCUCUCUUCCUGAGUGGAACAAAGCAGCUGUCACUAAAUUGCUUUGGGAUAUUGCUCACAAGGCCGAUAACCUUUGGGUUAAAUGGGUCCAUAUUUACUAUUUUAAGCAUAGAGACUAUUGGAAUGCCCCUAUCCCUGCUAAAUGCUCUUGGUUUUUGAAGAAAAUUUUGAGUUGUAGAGAUAUAUUGAAUAAUCAAGGGGGAUGGGAUGGCUUAAUGCAGGCAAUAGAAUGA